AUGGUGUUGCAACACCUCAGCUCCAACCUUUUCUCCAGCCUCUGCCCCAAACUUUGCCUCAGCCCCAGCCCCAGCCCCAGCCUCUUAUCCAAUCUUUGCCCCAGCCCCAGCCUCUUACCCAACCUUUGUCCCAGACCCAGACUCUUACCCAAACUUUGUCCCAGCCCCAGCCUCUUAUCCAAUCUUUGUCCCAGCCCCAGCCUCUUACCCAACCUUUGCCCCAGCCCCAGCCCCAGCCUCUUAUCCAAUCUUUGUCCCAGCCCCAGCCUCUUACCCAACCUUUGCCCCAUCCCCAGCCCCAGCCUCUUACCCAACCUUUGCCCCAGCCCCAGCCUCUUACCCAAUCUUUGCCCCAGCCCCAGCCUCUUACCCAACCUUUGCCCCAGCCCCAGCCUCUUACCCAAUCUUUGCCCCAGCCCCAGCCUCUUACCCAACCUUUGCCCCAGCCCCAGCCUCUUACCCAACCUUUUCCCCAGCCCCAGCCUCUUACCCAACCUUUGCCCCAGUCCCAGCCUCUUACCCAACCACCCAGACUCUUAUCCAAUCUUUGUCCCAGCCCCAGCCUCUUAUCCAAUCUUUGUCCCAGCCCCAGCCUCUUAUCCAAUCUUUGACCCAGUCCCAGCCCCAGCCUUUUAUCCAAUCUUUGUCCCAGUCCCAGCCCCAGCCUCUUAUCCAAUCUUUGUCCCAGCCCCAGCCUCUUAUCCAAUCUUUGACCCAGCCCCAGCCUCUUAUCCAAUCUUUGUCCCAGACCCAGCCUCUUAUCCAAUCUUUGUCCCAGCCCCAGCCUCUUACCCAACCUUUGUCCCAGACCCAGCCUCUUACCCAACCUUUGUCCCAGCCCCAGCCUCUUAUCCAAUCUUUGUCCCAGACCCAGCCUCUUACCCAACCUUUGUCCCAUCCCCAUCCUCUUACCCAACCUUUGUCCCAGCCCCAGCCUCUUAUCCAAUCUUUGUCCCAGCCCCAGCCUCUUACCCAACCUUUGUUCCAGCCCCGAACUCUUACCCAAACUUUGUCCCAGCCUCUUACCCAACCUUUGUCCCAGGCUCUUACCCAACCUUUGUCCCAGCCCCAGCCUCUUACCUUGUUCCAAUCUUUGUCCCAGACCCAGCCUCUUACCCAACCUUUGUCCCAUCCCCAUCCUCUUACCCAACCUUUGUCCCAGGCUCUUACCCAACCUUUGCCCCAGCCCCAGCCUCUUACCCAACCUUUGCCCCAGCCCCAGCCUCUUACCCAACCUUUGUCCCAGACCCAGCCUCUUACCCAACCUUUGUCCCAGACCCAGCCUCUUACCCAACCUUUGUCCCAGACCCAGCCUCUUACCCAACCUUUGUCCCAGACCCAGCCUCUUACCCAACCUUUGUCCCAGACCCAGCCUCUUACCCAACCUUUGUCCCAGACCCAGCCCCAGCCUCAGCCUUAACAUGGUCCGUACUCCCCCCUUUACAGCAGGCCGUCCUUUAA